GUGCAGAAGCACCACUGCGGUGCUUGCUAGUUAGCUGCAGGUUAGCAGAAUUCAUUCUUACGAAAUUAAUAACGCAAACGUUCAACAUGCACAAUUAAUGACAGCUUAAUUUUUUCCGGCGUAACAUUUUGUUCAAAUCAAGACAAUGUCGGACAGAAAGCGAGCAAGAGAGAAGGAGGACAGGCGAGACCACAAGAGGGACAAGAUAUCAAAAGAUGAUUUGGAGAAACUGAAGACGCACACGAAGAAAGUCAGCCAAGAAGUCCAGAAACUGAAACACAUCGAGACAUUCUAUGAGAAACCUCCACCGGGAUUUAUUAAGGAGCAUGAAGAAAAACCGGAGGACUGUAUUCCUGCAGAACCGGGAAAUGAAGAAGCCAGGAGCUUCCUGGCCCACGCUCCCACCAGAGGGCUGUGGAUGCCUCUGGGGAAGGAGGUGAAGGUGAUGCAGUGCUGGAGGUGCAAGCGCUACGGCCACAGGACGGGUGAUCGGGAGUGUCCUUUCUUCAUCACAGGCAACCAGAAACUGGAGCACUUCAGGGUGGCACAUGAAGACCCAAUGUAUGACUUAAUUCGGGAAAACAAAAGGAAUGAAAAGGAAACCAGGAUCCAGCAGCUGCAGCAACUGCUCCAGGACACCACUUCCUCUUCCUCCUCUGAGUCAGACAGCUCCUCCUCUUCUUCCUCCUCUUCCUCUGAUCACCAUCGCAGAAAGAAGAGGAAAAAGAAGGACAAAAAGAAGAAGGACAAAAAGAAGCGAAAGAGGAAGCGAAAGCACAAGUCCAAAACUAAUGACUGUUCUGAUUCAGACUGAGGGUUUGCUGAUAUGUGAACUUUAAUAUUACAGUUUUAUGCAUACAAAGAGACUGAAAUGGAGGCAGAUGUAGCUAGUUUGUGCUGCAGAAUGCAAGACCUGCACCCUGGAGACCCCCUUGAGCGUUUUCUCUGCAGGUUAAAACUGUAUAUGCACCAAGCACGAUGACUUUGCCCUGACAUUUUAUCGUGCCCCAGGUUGACAACUUGCCUUUGCAUCCUCUCUGUUGGAUCAUACAGCACAGCGUCAGAUGGAAUAGCAGCUUAAGUAUGUAUGUGUGCCUUGGUACAUAUGUUUGUCAGAAAGGAUUUGCUGCAUGGGCAGUGAAUCUACAGAGAGUGUGGAGUGAGCCUUCCGGUUUAAAAGAAUGUUCAUACAUAGAUUCUAAUGAGAUAAAAUCCAGCACGUAAUUACAUUCAGAGAUUGUAUUUUCCACUGGAUUCGUUAUCCCUGUCAUUGCAUUCAUGUUUGAUUGUUGACUGCAUUAAAUGAAAAUGGGUGGAAAAAAUUAAA